CGGACCGGUAGUGGAGUUGGCGCCGGGCGGUUUGCCUCGCUGUGUGGACAGGCGCGAUGGCGAGGCGUUGGACCGCGGCUGCGGCGGGAAGGAGUCCAGCGGUCGAGGCCUCUGAAGCCACCCCUUGAGCCGCCAUGCAAGCGUGGCUCCUGCUCACCGCGGUGCUCUGCCACCUCGCAGGAAGUGCCUGGCCGCGCUCCUCCCUGCUCGGUGAGCAAGGCCUCGUGUACGGCAAGGUGGGGCACCCAGUGAAAAUAUAUGUAAAAUUACAUCACAAUAGUCCAGUCCUUCUCUGUAUGGAUUCCCAACGUGCUAGUAAGGAAACAGUGGACCCCACAUACUUAUGGAUUGGGCCUAAUGAAAAAACAUUAACAGGAAAUAAUCGAAUCAGUAUUACAGAAACAGGAAAGCUGACUGUGAAGGAUUUUCUGGAGCUUUCGUCUGGGCUGUACACGUGUACUCUCUCUUAUAAGACGAUCAAGGCAGAAACCCAAGAAGAAACUGCAGUGAAGAAGAGAUACGACUUCAUGAUCUUUGGUAGGCAUACAGGCGCACUGCGUUAUGCAGCCUACCGGGAACCCGAUUAUACUUAUCAGAUGUCUGUACGCUUUACCACGAGGUCUUGCGUAGGAGGAUACAAUGACCAGCUCUUCAUGCUGCUGAGGAAAAUCUUGAAUAAUUUAAUCUCUGAUUUGUCAUGCCAUGUCAUAGAGCCGUCGUACAAAUGCCACAUUGUUAAAAUUCCAGAACACGAUCUCACACGUGAGCUAUUCAUAACCUUUCAAGUGAACCCUUUUGCACCUGGGUGGAGAGGUGCGUGCAAUGAGUCUGUGGAUUGCGAGGACGUCACUAACCGCAACAUCCUCAAGGCAAGAGAUCGUAUAGAGGAAUUUUUUCGGAGCCAAGCAAGUAUUUUUUACCGUAAUUUUAGUAAGACGGUACCAGUCAUGCACUUCGUGGACCACAGUCUCCACGUAGUUCGGACGGACAGCUGUCGGCCAGGCUUUGGAAAGAAUGAAGGUCUACACAGUAACUGUGCAAGCUGUUGUGUGGUCUGCAGUCCUGGGACUUUUAGUCCCGAUGUCGACGUCACUUGCCAGGUCUGCGUUUCUGUUCAUGACUACGGAGCUAAAUCUUGCCCAUAAACUUCGAAGAAAAGCCAGCAGUGUGAAGAGCAGCGGAGAACGCACCGCCACUUUCUUUUGGAAGUGGGGACGAAAGACGGCUUUUCACUGCCCCGAGCGGCGCGGCUGAUUCCAUAACCAGGGCCACUAAGGCCCAGACACAUUUCAGAGCCUUAAAGACUCAGCUGAUACGGCAUUUCCAGGAAAGCGUGUGACCCCACAUCUCCAGUGCACGAAGUUAAACAUCAGUGGAUGAUUUUUAAUAAGAUAUGCUUUGCAUUUUGCAAACUGAAUCUGUUGCUCUGUACUCAGGACUGUACUAAGGUCAA